AUGGGAAUGGCGGUUUACGAGGAGUACCCAUGUGACCAUUAUACCGCGGUCAUAAACGUGACCCUCAUGAGUACAGGGUGCCCGCGUUCGGAAAUACACGAGACGGCUCUUCAACUUCUUCAGCUUCUGGACAAGAGGUUCUUCGGCGCGGUCCACCCGCCUCUUGGAGAUGGCGAUCUCGGUGAGUACUCUUCACAAUACUGA